UUACCGAGAAUAUUAAUUCAGCAAUUUUGGAAGCAAUGGUUAUUGAAAUUAAGGGGGAAAAACAUUGAAAAUUUCACAAAAGUUAGUAUCUAAAUUGAAACUAAAACAGAGUAAGCUGAAUUUCAAAAUAAAUUAAUGGAAGUGAACGGAGAAUUGGCAAAGCUCAUUCAGUUUUAUUCCGGAUAAGGAGUUAAACCAACAGAAAAUGGAUAUUUAUUGGAAGUGGUCAACUGCCACAGGCACUUUACACAAAGUUGACUGGAUCUCGCAAAUGUCUACAAUGCAUUCCAUGGGCAGAUCGAUAUGCAGACGCAGUCCCAAGCAUUUAUCUACACUCGACCUAUUAGAAGAAGAUGGAGACUUUAAGCGCCGACGAUCACACUGCCUACCACGUAAAUGCCAAGGUUUUCAAUGGCAACAUGGAGAAACAGGAAAUCAAAGAGUACUACACCAAAUGGGCCCAUCAGUAUGAAAAGGAUCUUGCUCCUGGGAGAUAUAACGGCCCCAUGAUGGCCGCAGAGACAUGUGCACACUGUUUCAACGAGAAAGACAGAGAGAAUGUGCGCGUUCUCGAUGUAGCGGCCGGAACUGGAACAGUUGGAGAACAGCUUGUUAAACAGGGCUUCACUGAUAUACACGCGUUGGACCCAUCAGAGGGAAUGUUAGAAGUAGCAAAGAGCAAAAAUGUUUACACAAAGUUCCUAAAUGAAUUCCUAACAGAAGAAAAACUUCCGGUGGAAGAUGGUUAUUACAAUUGCGUGACCUCAUCGGGAGGAAUGGGAGAUGGACAUAUCCCGUGUGAAGCGCUCUAUGAAAUCAUCCGUAUUGUGAAAUCUGGUGGCUUUGUGGUAAUCGUUAUGCGGGAAGAAUAUCUCUACAAUGUACCUGAGUACAAGGACAGAUUGGAACCUCUCAUGGAUAAACUAGAAGCCGAGAAAAAGUGGACCAAGAUCGAAAGGCGUAUUGUCCCUAAUUAUGCCUUCCAAAAGAAUGGGCUCGUCUUUGUAUACAAAGUACUUUGAGGAUGAUGGUUCGAGGAAAUAUCUGGUUUUUAAAACUGAUCAGGUGAACAUGCGAAUCGCUUCCUGAGACUAUAUGAGAUUAUCUGGAGCAUGUGAACUUAGUUAAGGUUGAGUUAGUCCGAUUAGUUAAGGUCAACGCUUGGAACACGAGGAAAGGCACAUAUGAUCUUCAUAACUAUCACACCAGUUUGAAAUGUCUUCAAAAGGUUGAGAACGACAUACUAUGUGUAUGUCAUAGAUAGACCUGUUUUGUGGUUGGUAGAUCUUGUUUAUAUAUAUAUAUAUAUAUAUAUAUAUAUAUACGUUGUUUGUUGUAAAUAUGUACAUAAAUAU